CCUUGGGAGGGGCUCUUUCCUUGCAAGUCUGAUUUCAUUUCACAGAUUCCUCUCUCUCUAGAACAGAAACCUUGCCCUAACUCAACUGCUCUGACUUCUCUCUAGAUUUCCAGCCAGUUCCACCGAUUGAAUCCUAAUUUGGUGGUGUUUUCUUGUUCCUGGAGUCAAGAGCUACGAAACCAUCCGAUUGGUUUUGCGUUCCAGUGAGUUCUGUACAGUUUCGCACUGUGUAGGGGGCACUGUUAGAGCAUCUGUGAACUGUGUUGAGCAACCCACCAAAAUAAUGGCGCCCAGGCUUCCACCUCCUCCACCUCCUCAAAAUGAGCCCUCUGAGUCCAAUGCAAAACUAGAGGCUGUACUUGAGGCUCUUCAGCAGCAAAACACUGCUCUGGUGCAACAAAACACGGUUGCCCUUCAAAACCUAGAAGCCGCUAGGAUAGCCGCUGAAAAUGCCAGGAUAUCUGCCGAGAAUGCAAGGAUGGAAUUUGACCACACCCAGAGGCAACUGAUGGAUAUGUUGGCCAGGGGUGUACCCACUCAGGGUGCUUCCUCAUCUGUUGCUCCAACUCAGGAGUGGACCUUGGAGAGCUUUCUCCAGCACCAUCCAGCCAGGUUCAUUGGCAAGUGCAGCCCGGAUGAAGCGGAUCAUUGGUUCCAAGACAUGGAACGCAUAUUUGAGGCAAAAGGAUGCCCGGAUGACAGGAAGUUGGCCUACACUCCGUAUCUAUUGAUAGGGGAAGCUGGCCACUGGUGGAACAGUGUGAAGAUGAUCCUAGAGAGGCGUGAGACUCCUAUUACUUGGGAGUUAUUCAGGACCAAGUUUUAUACGGAGUACUUCCCUAAUAGCGUCAGAUUCGCUAAGGAGGUAGAAUUCCUGGAGUUGGCUCAAGGAAACAAGUCGGUGUCAGAAUAUGCUGACCGUUUUAAACACCUUCUCCGCUUCAGCACCGUACAAGUAAGUGAGGAGUGGCAAUGCCGCAAGUUCGAGAACGGCCUGAGGAAGGAUGUGAAGCUGAUGGUAAAAGGAUUACGCAUUCGAGAGUUCUCUGCUUUGGUAGAGAUGGCCCGAGACAUGGAGAAGACGAAGGCAGAGCCCGAAGUGUCACAAGGCCAGCGAGUCCAACCAUUGAGGGUUGGCGGACCAGCAAUAUCUAGAGGGGGAUCCAACUCUAGGACGACCCCUUUUUCUAGGCCCACAUCUUCUGGGUCCAGGAGUUCCUCCUCUCAGCCUUCGGUGCAGCAGGGGCAUCCUAGUUUUAGCAGCCCUGUUCGGUGUUAUAUGUGUGGAGGACCACACCUUCAGUCUGUGUGCCCUAAACUGAUAGGGUACAAGAGGUGUAACCUCUGCAGGCGGGACGGCCACUAUGCCAGAGAUUGUCCUACUGUUAGGAGGACAGGACCACCACCACGUCCAGCGGGCAGAGCUAUUCAGAGGGGUGGCGUCAGGCCACAGGCAGCAGGGAGAGUAUACGCUCUGACAGGAGCUGAGGCAGUCAGUGCAGGUAACUUGAUUGUCAGCACGUGCUUGUUAUUUGGAGCUUCAUGUGUAGCUUUAUUUGAUUCGGGGGCGACACAUUCUUUUGUGUCUAAGUCUUGUGUGGAGAGGCUCGAUCUAGUGGUCAGAGAGCUCCAGUGUGACCUGGUGGUUUCUACACCAGCAGCUGGGCUAGUCAGGACGUCUACAGUGUGUUCCAGAUGUCCUAUAGAAGUUGAGGGGCGAAGGUUCAGAGUGAACCUUAUUUGUCUACCUUUACAGGGGCUAGAGGUUAUUCUAGGAAUGGAUUGGUUAGCCGCCAAUCGUAUCCUUCUAGAUUGCGGAGGAAAGAAGCUUAUCUUUCCUUAGGAAGAUGAAUACAUGUCCUUGUCUCUCAGCGUACUUGGGGAAGACAUUUGGGAAGGCGCGAGUUGUUUCCUAAUUAUGACUCACCUAAAUGCGACUCAAGACUUGAAUUCCUCAGUUCCAGGGGACCAGAGAAUGGAUUUUCAUGUGGUGAAUGAGUUCUUAGACGUCUUCCCCGAGGAAGUCCCUGGUCUACCUCCUCCCCGUGAGGUAGAAUUC